ACUAGUCCAGGUUUUAUAACAACUGCUAGUGGCAAUCCUGUUGGCAUUAAGGAUGCAAUACAAACAGUAGGACCCAGGGGUCCUGCAUUGCUGCAGGAUGUACACUUUCUUGAUGAAAUGGCACAUUUUGAUAGGGAACGGAUUCCUGAACGUGUCGUUCAUGCCAAAGGAGCAGGUGCUUUCGGUUAUUUUGAAGUCACUCAUGAUAUAACAAAAUACUGCGCCGCCAAGAUUUUCGAAAAAGUUAAAAAACGUACUCCUCUUGCUGUACGUUUUUCAACAGUUGGUGGUGAAAGCGGCUCAGCAGAUACAGCACGUGAUCCUCGAGGCUUUGCAAUAAAAUUUUACACUGACGACGGUAUAUGGGAUUUGGUUGGUAAUAAUACGCCAAUAUUUUUUAUACGUGAUCCAAUACUAUUUCCCAGCUUCAUUCAUACGCAAAAACGUAAUCCCCAAACUCAUCUAAAGGAUCCGGAUAUGUUUUGGGAUUUUCUUUCUCUUCGACCGGAAUCUACUCAUCAAGUUUGUUUCUUAUUCGGAGAUCGUGGUACACCUGACGGAUAUCGUCAUAUGAACGGAUAUGGUUCCCAUACUUUCAAAAUGAUUAAUGCCACCGGAGAACCUGUCUAUGCUAAAUUUCAUUUUAAAACAGAUCAAGGAAUACGUAAUCUAGAUUCAAAGCAAGCUCAUGAAUUAAGUGCAACCGAUCCUGAUUAUAGUAUCCGUGACCUUUAUAAUGCAAUUAAAAAUGGAAACUAUCCAAGUUGGACUAUGUAUAUACAAUUGAUGACAUUUGAUCAAGCUAAGAAAUAUAAAUACAAUCCGUUUGAUUUAACAAAAGUAUGGUCUCAAAAAGAUUAUCCUUUAUUACCUGUUGGAAAAAUGGUAUUGGAUAGAAAUCCAAGCAAUUAUUUUGCUGAAGUGGAACAAAUUGCAUUUAGUCCAGCACAUAUGGUACCUGGAAUAGAACCUUCACCGGAUAAAAUGCUUCAGGGUCGUUUAUUCUCAUAUUCUGACACUCAUCGUCAUCGUCUUGGAGCAAACUACUUACAAAUUCCUGUUAAUUGUCCAUAUCGUGUUGGCGUUAAAAAUUUUCAACGUGAUGGGCCCAUGACUGUCAAUGACAAUCAAGGAGGUACACCAAAUUAUUUUCCAAAUUCAUUUUCUGGACCAGAUGAAUGUCCUCGUGCCAAGUCUUUACAGUCAUGCUGCCCAAUUAAAGGAGAUGUAUAUCGUUUUAGUAGCGGUGACUCAGAAGACAAUUAUAGCCAAGUUACCGAUUUUUGGGUAUAUGUAUUAGAUGACGCUGAAAGAAAACGUUUAGUUGCUAAUAUAGUCGAUCACUUAAGCAACGCCAGUCAGUUUAUUCAGGAGCGAGCAGUUAAAAAUUUCACUAUGGUUCACGCUGAUUUUGGCAGAAUGUUAACAGAAGGUCUAAAUUUAGCAAAAACAGCUAAGAUAUAAAUUUAUUAUAUUUUUUAAGGGAAAAUUGAUCUAUAAUUUUGAAAUUAUAUUAGGGGUUUUGGGAUAAUUCAAUUGUCAUAACUUUUUUGUGUAUUUUCAUAUAUAUUAUAUUUUUUUUGUAAAUAAUGGACAUAAUUUUUAAAUGAA